AUGCGUAUAAGUGAAGCUUUAUUUCAUGACUUUAAUCCAUUUGGAGACAUGACAUCAGAAAAGGAUACCACUGUAAGCCAUAUUCGGCAUAACUAUUUUUCUCCUUCAACGUUGGAAAAAAGUAAAUUGGCAACUAGUAGAAAUGAUAAGAAUAUAGAUCGUGAUGAUCAACACAAUGUCAUUCAGCUUUCAAAGAAUAAUAAUAAGGAUAAAAGAAAGAACUAUAACUUAUUACCGACUAUAACAAAUAUGACUCCUAUCGAAAGAGAGCAAAAUUCUAAAGGAUUAUUAAGCACUUCUCAAAUUAGAGUUCCAAAUAAAGAAAAUAAGUCUGCAUCUAAUGAUGAGGAGGAGGAGGAUCUAAUUGUCGAUUCUGUAGAUUACUUUGCAGAAUCCAAUCCAAUUAUUAACAAUAAUGGCAAUAAUAAUAAUUACAAAGAAGGUACGGAUAGUACAAAUGCAUUGGUUAUUAUCGAUAAUGAUAUAAAUCAAUCUAUCGCUGAUAAUAAUCAUUCAUUUUCGUUGACACUUUUUGAUAAACGGCAACAGCGAUUAUCAUCUAAUCUAGAUUUAUCCUCUCAAAUAGUCGAUUAUCAAAAUGAUUUGGACUCUAGUAAUUUUUAUAAAAAAGAAAGAACAGCUUCAUCUAAAGUUAGUGACUCCAGGAAGAGGUUAUAUAACGAAAUAAGUCAAACUGGAGAUCAUUUAUUUGUUUCAGAGAGCACAGUCAAAAGAAAAACUAAUAAGGAUAAACAGCAGCAACAACAAAUAGUAGAGAGUGUAUCAUCUUCUACAGAUGCAUCAAAUCAUGAAUUAAUAAAGAUUACCUCAGAUAUAUUAAAGAAUACUGUAGAAGUUGAUAAUAAUAAAUGGAAGUUGGAAGAAUCAAGUUUAGUUGCAGACCAUAUUAUUGAACCUGGCAUUGAUUUAAUAACGGAUGAGAAAUCAAUAUUUGACGAAGUUUUGGGACAAGAAUCUUCAUUAAGAAUAUGGUGCAAGAGCUCUAUUUCUUGCCUCGUCCUUUUAUCUAAUAUGGCAUAUGGUAUUUCAAAAAAUAUGCCUGUAACUUUAGAUGAUGUUUGCAUAGAAAUAAAACAAAUAUUAACUAAAGAAUUAAAUAUCAGUGACAGUAAUGAUUAUCAUAUAGAAAUAUGUCGACGUAAAUAUGCAGGAUAUUUAUCAGAUAUUCCUGAGGGAGAAACUAGUUUUAUCAAGUUGACUAUAAACUAUAAUCAAGAUCGUGGAUACUUUCAGAGAUUGACAUAUGGUAAAACCUUUAGUCGUAUUUUUGGUGCUGAUGUUGAUCUCAUGCAGCUUUUCAUUUUAAGAUAUAAAAUUAUGGGCCCUUGCUGGCUUGAAUUUAAGAAUGUUACUUUAAAUCAAAAACCGAAUUCUUGGUGCCGUAUCAAUGUGAUAACAAAUGAUUCUAUACAAAAGGACUCUUGUAUCGUCAUAGUCGAUCAAAAUAUCACUCCACCUCCAUUAACCAUGAUAUUCCUUCAAUUGCAUACAAAGAUGAAUUUUAUUACAAACAAAUAUGAAGUGGUCGCCAUUAGUAUGCUUACAAAAGAAAACAUGGAUAUUGACAAUAAAAAGGCCAUGACUCAAGCAGCAAAGACAGGAAGUCGUAUGACAUUUAUCAAAAAACCUUAUUUCGCUAAUCAUGAUGAUUAUACUGUGUUAAACCAAGCUUUAAUGAAAGAAAGAAAUGUAAAGAAUCAUGUAGUGUUAAUUCAGAAUACGGAAAGGGAUAUGAUUGAAGUGUUGUUAUCAAUGAUAGAUGCGAUUGAUCCUGAUAUUAUAGUAGGUCAUGAUUUUACUCACUUUAUGCUAGAUAUCCUCUUGCAGCGUAUGAAAAGCCUAAAGAUUCAAAACUGGCAUAGAUUAGGUAGAAUUAAAUUUAGUAAAUUCCCAAAACUCCAGACUAGUCCAGGAGUGAAAAGCAGAUCAUAUGAUUUGACUGAACUAGCUCGUGCACUGUUAGAUUUGCCUCGUAGUGAUAGUUGUACCAGAAUGAUACGUACCGUUGAUGACGUUUUGGAAGUUGUUCAUCAUUGCUCCUAUGAUGCUUAUUUAUCAUUUGCAUUAAUGGUUAAACUUCAGAUAUUACCAUUAACAAAGUGUUUAACAAAUUUAUCCGGCAAUCUUUGGUCGCAUACAAUGUAUGGUGCUCGAUUAGAGAGAGUGGAAUAUUUACUUUUUCAUACAUUCUAUGAACGAGGCUAUAUUUGCCCGAAUAAAGUUGAAUACAACGAUGGGCAUGCAUCAUAUAAUUUGAAUGACAGCUGGGAUAUCUUUAAUAAUGAUCGUGAAUCUGCUGAAAACUUGUUAUCUUAUGAAGGUGGCCUAGUUCUAGAUCCUGUAGUUGGCCUGUAUGACGAUUAUGUAUUAUUAUUAGAUUUUAAUAGUUUAUAUCCAUCUAUUAUUCAAGAAUAUAAUGUUUGUUUUACUACUAUUUUACGUCAGCAAGUACACCAAAAUGAACAAGAUAUUUCAUCAGAUCUCUCAAUGCCUCCUGGUAUUUUACCUGAAUUAGUGAAGAGAGUCGUUAAAGAAAGGAAAAGUAUCAAGUCUAGAAUGAAAAUGACGGGUAUCUCUGAAGAACUCAAGUCUCAAUUGAAUAUUCAGCAAAUGGCAUACAAAUUGACAGCCAAUAGUAUGUAUGGUUGUUUAGGAUCUACCUAUUCCCGUUUUUAUGCCAAGCCCUUAGCAGCAUUUAUUACUCGAAUGGGUCGCACCAUUUUAAGAUCUACAGUUGAUCUUGCACGUGAAUUAGGCUUGGAUGUCAUCUAUGGAGAUACAGAUUCGGUUAUGAUAAAUACAAAGACACAUAAUAUAAGCAAAGCGAAACAACUUGGACAUUUGCUUAAAGAACAUGUGAAUCGUCGCUACAGAUCAUUAGAAUUAGAAAUGGAUGGCGUAUUUCGACGAACGCUUCUGUUGAGAAAGAAAAAAUAUGCUGCUUUAUCGAUUAUGUAUAGCAAAAAUGAUGUUUUACAGGCAAAAAUUGAAGUAAAAGGUCUUGAAAUGGUUCGACGUGAUUGGUGUCAAUUAUCACAUCGUGUAUCUAGCCAAAUAUUGAUGUAUAUCCUUACCUUUGGUUUAAACACAACUACUGGGAGACAUGAAUUCCCCUCAAUUGCGCAAGCUAUUUAUAACAAGUUGACAGAGGUUGCGUCUACCAUCAAACAAGUCCAUUUAAAUGAUUUAAUUAUUCUACAGCAAUUGACAAAGAACUUGAAAGAAUAUGAAAAUAAUUUAAUGCAUGUUAUGGUUGCUAAGGAUAUGCAAAAGAGUUGGAUAAAUGUUAAAAGGGGCGAUGUGAUCCCCUAUGUGGUUUGUAAAGAUGAUAAAUGUAGCUUACCGUGUAUACCCUCGCAUAUACAUAAAACAAAAGCAGAGAUUGAUUAUGUCUGGUAUCUCUGUAAACAGAUAUUACCUCCUGUGCUAAAAAUAUGUGGCCCAAUUGAAAGUAUUGAAGAAGAAGAAUUAAAAUCAUGUUUAGGUAUUGAUCCAGAAGAUAAUAUAGAAUGCGUUUUAGACAUAUAUUGCUCACAUUGUAGUCAUAAAGGCCAAUAUAAUGAAUUUCUUUGCAUCUUAAAUGAAAAGAACUCUGCAUAUUAUGGUUUUCAAUGUAUACAAUGCAGUCAUGUAUUAACAGCUAAUAAUAUCAUUAAUCAACUCAUACUUGCUAUUCGAUCUCAUAUCAACAGGUAUUAUUCUUCACCUCUUCUAUGUUCUGAGCAACUUUGUAGUAGAUUAUAUCCUCCAGGUCAAUCAUUAAGUGUUGAUGUAAAGUGCCCAUUUAUCGGCUGUGGUGGACGCCUUGUUCGUGAGUUUAAUGAAUCGAAAUUAUAUAGAAAUAUCUGUUACUUCUCAGACCUAUUUGAUUUUCAAAAAGUGAAAGAGGAAUAUCAAAGGAAGCAUAUUAAUAGGAUCCAUUCAAAUGAGCCUCAUUAUAUACCUCUAGAAGAUAUAGAAAUGCAUCCAAUGUAUAUUAACAUCAAGAAGGAAGUCGACCAAUAUAUAUCAAUGUCUGCAUACAAUUAUACGAAUUUAAAAGAUUUUUCAUUUUAA